GCCUCCUCCCCCCACAUGGACCCCUCAUCCUCCUCCUCCUCCUCCUCUCCCUUUUCUACUCCAUUCCAUUCCAUCUCCUCCACUUCCACCCUCAGGCCUCAGCUCGCCAUCGCCAUUGUUGCAACACCAAGUGUUUGUGGUCGGAACGAGAUCGAGCAGCAGCCAUCCAUGGUGAGGAAGGAGAUGGGCGGCGGCGGCGGCAGGCUCGCGGCGGAGUACCAGGGCCUGGAGGUGAAGGUACCCACGUUCUUCCGGUGCCCCAUCUCCCUCGACGUCAUGCGCUCGCCGGUGAGCCUCUGCACCGGCGUCACCUACGACCGCGCCUCCAUCCAGCGCUGGAUCGACUCCGGCAACACCACCUGCCCCGCCACCAUGCUCCCGCUCCCCUCCACCGACCUCGUCCCCAACCUCACCCUCCGCCGCCUCAUCGCGCUCUGGGCCUCCACGGCCGCGCCGUCGUCGCCGGCGGCGCCAUCGGCUGUUGGCCCCACCCCGGCUGCUGCGGCGGCGGAGCUCCUCCGCCGGGUCGCGGCGCCCGGGGUGGACCCGUGCCCGGCGCUGCGCAAGCUCGCGGCGUUCCUGUCUGACGACGACGUCGACGAGUUCGACAAGAACGCGCUCGCGAGGGCCGGUGGCGCGGCGGAGACCGUGGCGUCGGUGCUCAGGAGGAGGGGGAAGGGUGAUGAUGAUGAUGGCGGCGUGGAAGCCGUCGAGGCGGCCGUCCGGGUGCUCGCGGUGCUCGCCACGUCGGACUGCAUCGAGGAGGAGAACAGGAGGCGCGUCGCCGCCGCGCUCGCCGCGGGGGGCGCCGCGCCGUCGGUGGCGGCGUCGCUGGCGCGCGUGAUGCGGAGCGGGAGCGGGCUCGAGGCCCGCGUCGACGCGGCGAGGCUGGUGGAGUCGCUGCUCCGGGACGGCGCGCGCGGCGCCACCGCGCCGGGGGUGAGGGCGGCGGUCGCCGAGUCGGAGGAGCUGGUCGCGGAGCUGAUCCGGCUCGUCGGCCCCACGGACGAGAAGGGCAGCCUCGACGCGCAGGCCGUGGACGCCGGCCUCUCCUGCCUCGCCGCCAUCGUCGCCGCGACGCGGCGCGCGCGCGCCGAGAUGGUCCGUCUCGGCGCCGUCCCGGCCGCCGUGCGCGUCCUGGCCACGGACCACCACGGCGGGUCGCACGCCCAGGCGCUGCGCGUGCUGGAGGCCGCCGUGGGGUGCGCGGAGGGGCGCGCGGCGGUGUGCGAGGUGGCGGAGGCGGCGAUCCCGGCGGUGGUGUCGAGGAUGAUGAGGUGCGGCGGGAUGGGCGGCGCGGAGGCGGCGGUGUCGGUGCUGUGGGCGGUGUGCCACCGGUACAGGGACCGGCGCGCGGUGGAGGCGGCGGCGGCGUCGGAGGGCGGGCUGACGAAGCUCCUCCUGCUGAUGCAGAGCGGGUGCUCGCCGGCGGCGAGGCAGAUGGCGUCGGAGCUCCUCAAGAUGUUCAAGGUGAACGCCAAGAGCUGCCUCGCCGGCUACGACUCCAAGACCACCCACAUCAUGCCUUUCUAAAACCCAAAAAAAAAAAGAGAAAUUCAAAUUCUCCAUUAAUUUGUCAGCUUCGUUCGAUAGAGAGGAAAAGAAUCGAGACUGGAGAAAGACAAACUUGUACAUGGUUAGAGAAAUUUUUCCUAGAAAGAAACAGAUCAAAUUUCUUCUUUGUUCUUUGGCCAAAAUUCAGUACUGCCAUGAUGUGUUCAAACAAAUUCAGUGUUGCAAGGGAAGGGCAGAAUGACUUUCAUCUUUGCAUCAA